AUGUCAGCAUCGACUAGUCAAGAUGAAGGUAUUAGUGUCGAAGACAAAAUUGUAGUGGAACCCGAAGACAAAAUUGUAGAGGAACUCGAAGACCCAAUUGUAAUUGAACCUAAAGAUGAAAAACGUGAAGUAGGGGAAAAUGAAGACGAAAGUGUAGAGGAACGUGAAGACGAAAGUGUAGAGGAAAGUGAAGAUGAAACU